UUUGAUUACGACAGACUCUGAAACGCUCAUACUUUCAAGCUAGUUGGCUGUAUCCGACAUGUUAAGACCUACAUUACCUCUUCAGAUGGUAAAAGUUGGCAGUUCUGGUGAUACAGUGCUAGAGAACAUGAAAAGCAAGUUGCUGCAUCUCAGAAAUGAACACCAUGUCACUAAAACGAAGGAGACAAAAUUUGAGCCUUCCAGAGUCAGGUAUAACUCAGAAAUUAGAAAUCACCCACACCCUAAGGAUACGGUGACCGGAAUAUACCAGCAGCCGAAGAUCUUGAAAUCUGCACAUCCUAAUAAUAACAAGGUGCCCAAGUCGAUGCUGCGCCGAAGGGAUGAACUGAACAAAAAGCUUUCAAGUGAACAAGAAUAUCAGGGAAUCCACUGGACCCCCGAAUUUGCUACAUCGAAUUUGAGCAAAACCUCCUUGCAAGCAAAAAGCGAAUUUGAUAACUUGAUCAAGGAUUGGAUAUCGACAAACUGGUUGAAUGUGAACCCGAUCAUCCAGCAAAGGCCAUGUCACAUUCUCAUACAUGAUAAGUUGUUGUACGAAAAUAUAAGCCUUUGUGAGACAAUAUAUAAGCUCAUCAUAGCACGAGUCCCGGAAAUAGCGGAAAACGCACCGUAUGAGACCGUGAAGGUAGCAUGGAACAAUGAAAUGGAUAGAUUGUUACAAGGCAGACAAGAAAAUUUAAGUAAACUCCAGAUUGAAAGGGGUUUGAGGGAAAUCGUAAAGAAUAUAUAUUUACAGUUUGUGAAAGAUUCAAAAACGGCAACACAGAAAGUGAACUCAUUUGUUAAAGAUUCGUUCAUGGUUAGAAAGAUAAUCAGCUCGUUGUACAUCAACGUGAAAUAUGAUGAGAAGAUAUUUGGCAAACUCAGAAACAUUGAGAACUUGAACGAAAGAAACGAUAUUACCAUCAUCAAAGACAAUGAGCUGGGAUUCAUUCCGUCUUUAGACUACAUGAAUCUGUUGAAAAAGAUAAACAACAAGAAGGACAACCCAUUACAGCAUUUGAAUGUCCUGAAAUAUAAAUCUGUGUUCGGUAACAAGAUCAAUGACUUCCAAAAUCUCCAGACUCUGAAGCAUAUGCUAGUUACUAAAAAGUUACAUUGCAACGAAAAGUUCAUCAUAUUGACUGGGGAGAGAGCCAUAUCAUUAGAGUACUUCAGGUUGCUCAAGCUGUUCAAUAAAACAUAUGCCAAUCUGAAGUUGAAAGGAUGUGUAAUAUAUCUCAACCGUUCUCAAGCGUUGAAAAACAAAGACAUUAUCGACAAGAAAAAGUACACAGGUAGGGAAAUGUAUUAUGUUGUUGAAGAGUUCACUGACAUUUAUGAUAUAAUAGAAGUUUUAUGAUUCUUUUUUGGUUUAUUAGAUUGUUGUUUGGUCGUUAUUGCGGCCGUAUUGGUUUUUUAUUUUUUACUCUUUAGAUUUAGCUUCCGUCUCAGCUGUUGAACGGCAAGGUGCCUUUUAUCACGUUUUAUAUCCU